AUGGAUUCUGAUUCGUUCUUCUUAGAAUUACCAAAAGUUGAACUGCAUGCGCAUCUAAAUGGUUCUCUAAGUCCGGCUACGAUGCUCCAGCUAAAGAGGUUCCACGCUGACUCUGGUAUUGAAGAUAAAACGAAUGCUUUCUUUGAUGAAUUUCAAAUCGGCGCCGGCGACAGCAGGAAUCUGACGGAUUGUUUCCAAGUAUUCAACAUUGCCCAUUCUCUGACAAGCACUCCUGACGCGCUGACCAUAGCAACUAGGCUGACACUUCAGGAAUUUCAAGAUGAUGGCUGCUGCUACCUUGAGCUCAGAAGUACUCCUCGAGAGACCCCACAUAUGACUAAAGUCCAGUAUAUUGAAACUUUGGUUAAAGCUAUACAAAAGUCUUCUCUCCACCUUACAAUGAUUGCUCGCCUCAUCAUUUCCAUCAAUAGAAAAUCACCUGUUGCAGAAGUUGAAGAAAUAGCUACACUAGCUGUAGAGUACUACAAGAAGCACCCAGAUGUGAUUGUGGGAAUAGAAUUAAGUGGGGACCCAAUGGCAGGAACAUUCCAGAGUUUUGUACCAGCAUUGACACAGGCUCGGAAUGCUGGUCUGAAGGUAACACUACAUUGUGGAGAAGUCUGCAACCCUGUUGAAGUGAUGGAAAUGCUUAAAUUUAAGCCAGAACGCCUUGGCCAUGGUACUUGUAUCCAUCCCAAGUAUGGAGGGACUGAGGAAACAUGGGCGACCCUUUGUGAAUUAAAAAUACCUGUUGAAGUGUGUCUUACAAGUAAUGUAAAUACUAAAUCGACACCAGACUAUGAGUCUCAUCACUUCAAACUUUUUUAUGAUGCUGAUAUACCUACGAUUAUUUGUACUGACGACAAGGGCGUUUUCUCAACAUCAUUGUCUCAAGAAUAUCAAAUUUGUCUUAAAACCUUUUCUCUUACUUCAUCACAAACUGCAAGAUUAGCCCUGAAUGCAUGCCAAUACGUUUUUGCUGACAAUGUUCGUAAAACACUCAAUGAUAAACUCCUUAAUUUUAUCGGAAAAUAUUCAUUGUAA